UUUUUUUGUUGCAGCAACAGUUUUAUCUGUGUGACUCUAUUGUCACAGAGAAUUUUUCGUGAGGAAUUUUUUUUGCCACAGUUUAACGAGAAAUUUCACAGAAGGCGAAAUGCAGAAUUGCACCGCGAAUCCAUGCCUGGGCUCUAUUGGUUGCAUGUAAGUUUGUAUUUUUACAUUUGUGUUGAAUUGAAUUAAAUUUUCAUCGGUGCAUUUUGAUGCUUGUGCUAUGUGGAGAGGCUGUUCAGUAGUGCUGUGAGCGGAGAGACUAGCAGAGAGCAUUAGGACCCUGCAGGCAGCAGGAGGAAAGUCACAUGGGCGGAAGGGAAGCAAAAUAGGAAUCGGGUGCUUGAAGGAGACUGACACUGCCGGUAACUUAUACAACGUGGGACUUCCCUAUACAAGACUUUUAUCAGCACAUCUCAUGACCUUCUGAUAGGUAGACUGUCAAAACCUCCAGAAUGCAAGGCAUUACCCUUUGCUGCAUUAAGACCAUUGCACAUCCAGUUUCCCGGUAUUUUACCAGAAACAUUGUGUCGUUGGUAAAACCUGCACAGAGUCUUGGUACGGUGUCGGAAAGCUGCAAACGGAAGACAGACUCUUUUAUUAAAUUAUUCAGGACGAGGCUAUGUAUUUCAGCUGUGACACAUCAAGAUGCAGACAUUCUAACGGAGAAAGAGAAAAGACUUUUAAACAAUUUAUACACUGGUUUAAUCAGGGGUCAGCGGGCUUGUUUGGCAGAAGCCAUUACUCUAGUAGAAUCCACCCACAGCCGGAAGCGGGAGAUGGCUCAGGUUCUGCUUCACAUGGUACUGUCCCACCACCGAGAACAGGAAAAGUUAAACAGUGGAAAACCUCUUGCAUUUCGAGUGGGAUUAUCGGGCCCCCCUGGUGCCGGAAAGUCCACUUUCAUUGAGAUUUUUGGGAAAAUGCUAACAGAGGAGGGUCACAAAGUUGCAGUACUGGCAGUUGAUCCAUCAUCCAGCACUAGUGGAGGUUCUCUCCUUGGUGAUAAAACCCGAAUGACAGAGCUGUCCAGAGACAUGAAUGCAUACAUCAGGCCCUCUCCUACCAGAGGAACAUUAGGAGGUGUCACCCGGACCACAAAUGAAGCUAUUUUGCUCUGUGAAGGCAGUGGCUACAAUAUUAUUCUUGUGGAGACUGUAGGUGUGGGGCAGUCAGAGUUUGCUGUGGCCGACAUGGUUGAUAUGUUUGUUUUGCUGCUGCCGCCAGCUGGAGGAGAUGAGCUGCAGGGGAUCAAACGCGGCAUUGUUGAAAUGGCAGACUUAGUGGCCGUAACAAAAGCUGAUGGAGAUCUGCUUAUCCCAGCUCGGAAAAUUCAGGCUGAAUAUGUGAGCGCCUUGAAGUUACUCCGAAAACGUUCCAGGACGUGGAAGCCUCAGGUUAUGCGCAUCUCUGCCAGAACUGGAGAGGGUAUCCAGGAGCUCUGGAACAAGUUGCUGGAAUUUCAGAGCAACAUGCUGACAAGUGGAGAGCUGAUUGGCAAGCGCAGGAGCCAGCAGCGGGUGUGGAUGUGGAACCUGAUACAAGAAAAUGUGCUUCUGUAUUUCAGGAAUCACCCAGCAGUGAAAGACCAGAUCCCUGUAUUAGAAGAAAGAGUACGUACCGGAACUUUGUCACCAGGACUUGCUGCAGACAUGCUACUAAAGGCCUUCUCAAAAAGCAGCUAAUUCACUUUUUAUAUAAUAUUGAAUGAAAUGUACUAUAUUUGCUCCAUGGCCAGUAAUAGAACAAUAUGAUUAUCAAAUGAGGAAUGCAAAAUUUUACCCAUUGAUAAGUGAGUUUUUCUGUGGUGAGGUCUAAUCUCACACUUUGAUAAAUCUGCCCAUAAGGGUAAGGGCACACGCUAAGAUUAGGGUAGAUUUAGUCGCCGGCAACUAAUCUCCUCGAAAAGCCUUCCCAUCAGCUAGAAUCUAAAUUGCCAGUGGGAUGGCACUCAGAGCGCUUAAUUUUCCAAAGUUUCCUCGUGAGGCCACUUCGGAAAACUAAGCUCUCCAAGCGCCAUCACGCCAGUGAUUUAGGUUCUAGCUGGUGGGAAGCCGAUUUGUCACGGGGCAACUAAAUCUCCCCGAAUCUUAGCGUGUGACCUUACCCUUAAAGUAUGGAGAUCCACAUUACUCAAAGACCCCUAACAGGAAAAACCCGGGUCUCAAUCAAAUGCCAACUUUGCCUGAUGUUGCCCUUAGUAAUGAUCAAGUCUAAGCAGAAAGCAGCACAAUGACCCUUCCAAAUCCAGGAUCAUCUGAUCACAAGUGCUAUUUCCCUCUGUCUUCUCCACAUUCACUAAUCUUGAGGAACGUCGGUAAGCAACCCAGAGUGGUCCAGUGAUUGGGGAAGAUUUUGAUGCUGUAUAUACAUCAUUACAAGUAUUGGUAUAUGAAUAAAGAUAUACAUACAGUGCAAGCACCUAUAGACACGUCCCUCAGCAUCCAUCUUUCUUAUGCAUGGACUGUUAUAACCAAGAAGUUCAGCUCUUAUUAGGGCAGAAGAGCCAACUGUGUUCUCUUCAUUAUGGAAUAAGCCACUCCAUGUCCAGCUCCUGGAAUGACCAAAGUGUUGAGAAAAGACAAAGUCUUGAUAAAGACAACUCCCCAGCAUCAGUGACUUUUAUUCCCCAGGAAGAUUCCCUUUAUUGAUGCAAUUGUACAUACAGGGCAGUGGGAGAAAACAGAAAAAGAUUUGGGUGCCAGGGAAGUGCACAAACUGUUUCAAUCUCCUUGUGGUGGUGUUUCUUUUUCUGUGGAGGGAGGGGCAAAGUGAAAGAAGAUUGGGGCCUCCAUGUACGCCAUGACAGUCAUCUCUGUUCCCUUCUAAUUAACUGGCUCCUGGUUCAGAUGAGCGCAAAGCUUUAGCAAACAGACUUUUUUUUUAAACAAAGUAACCUCUGCCAAAUAUCUACAAGAUCCUGUGACCAAUGAAUGAAGUGUAUCAGAACACAAGCUACAUAUUCUCAUGAGCAGCUCAAUAGUAACAGCUCAAAUGGGUGGUGAGAGGAUGCUUGUAACAAGGCAUUGCUGUAAAUAGUAAACACGUUUCCUUUUUUGAUUUGAGAAACUAUUGUAUUAGUGACAAUCCACUCAUUAUGAUUUGCCCAUUCCGAUUUCAUACCUUGCCAUAUAUGUAAUGACACGCAAGUAAUGGGCUGCCAGGUUAUGCCCCACUGUCACCGUUAUGGCAAGCAGCACCAGCACUUGUUUCAGCCGCUUUACAUAUAUGUGUUUCUAAUAUUUUAUUGAAGUUUUACCAUAAAACAAUCAGAAUCAAAACGCAGCCUGUGAAGAUGUAGUCAUGAAGACAUAUAUAACUAGGGUUGCCAUCUUUUUUAAACUGCUUUACCGGCUGGUGGGGGGCAGGGACACAAAGGGGCAGACCGUGACGUCAAAAUGGGCGGGUCGUGAUGUCAAAAGCGGUGGGGCCACGAAACGGACGCUAGAAGAGGCAAAAGAAAAGGUAAGUUCCAGGGGAUUGGGGGCAGGCCGAGGGCUCCUUUUAAUCGUAUUAAACCCUAUAUAUAACAAAUGUUAGAAAAAUCAGACAAGUCCUCAAUAAAUAGGGACAUAUCAAUGGCAACAA